GGGAGCUGACAUUUUGUAGGCAUCCUCUCUCAGGUUUAGAGGUCACGCUCAAACUCCAGUGACCUGGUGGCUGACGGCGUGUCAUGUGACCUUCACGUGCAGCAAGCGUGUGUGCGUGUGUGUCAGUGAGACAGUCGCCUUGGCAACACAGGAAUCUUCCCGCUGCUGCUUUCGGAUCAGUCCGUGGACUCUCUCACUGUGGCGCCAAAAGUGAGUCUGCAAUGCGUCGUAGCCCACCACCUAGCCCCUCCCUCCUCCACGCGACAAUAUGCUUCCGAUGAGAGCGCACGGACCCGCGCUCCGCUGCCGGAUCUUCUGACGGUUCUGAUCCACAACGACCGCCGAGCUGAGGAGGAAGAGGAGGAUGGCGCUGCGGGCUCCGUGCGCGUGACGGCCAGCAUGUUUGUCAGUCGCCAGUUGGCGGGAGUUGGCCCGGUCGUGCGCGGGUCCGGUGAGCUUGUGCGAGCGGGAAAACGACACCGUGACGGCGUGGAGCACGAAUGAAUAUUUGAUUUCCCGCGUGCACGUUUGAGUGGCGGCAAAGGACGCACCGAGAUGUCUGCCUCCUGCAGGUGAUGAAGAUGAAGAUGAUGAUGAUGGAGGCUCACUAAGAGCCCGCCACUCCGACCUCGCACUUGCUGUCCUCCGUCCCACCCCCACCCCACAAGCAUGACGGUGGUAUCCACGGACCAUGUGGACGAGAGCGCCACCCUGCCGGGUCACCCGCAGGACAACGAGUGCGACGCGCACGAGUGCUGCGAGCGUGUGGUCAUCAACGUGUCGGGUCUCCGCUUCGAAACGCAACUGAAGACGUUGGCGCACUUCCCGGACACGCUCCUGGGGAACCCCAAGAAGAGGAUGCGAUACUUCGACCCGCUGCGGAACGAGUACUUCUUCAACCGCAACCGGCCCAGCUUCGACGCCAUCCUGUACUACUACCAGUCCGGAGGCCGGCUGAGGCGACCCGUCAACGUCCCGCUGGACAUGUUCUCCGAGGAGAUCAAGUUCUACGAACUGGGGGCAGACGCCAUGGAGAAGUUCCGGGAGGACGAGGGCUUCAUCCGUGAGGAGGAGCGCCCCCUGCCGGACAAGGAAUUCCAGCGGCAGGUCUGGCUCCUCUUUGAGCACCCGGAGAGCUCGGGUCCGGCCCGGGGCAUCGCCAUCGUGUCCGUGAUGGUCAUCCUCAUCUCCAUCGUCAUCUUCUGCCUGGAGACGCUUCCCGAGCUCAAGGAGGACGCGGGCGAACGGCGGCGGGCGGCGGGAAACGAAACCGGCGCCCACAGGAGCGACGUGCUGACGGACCCGUUCUUCAUGGUGGAGACGCUGUGCAUCAUCUGGUUCUCCUUCGAGCUCCUCGUGCGCUUCUUCGCCUGUCCCAGCAAGAUGGCCUUCUUCCGGAACAUGAUGAACUCCAUCGACGUGGUGGCCAUCAUCCCGUACUUCAUCACGCUCGGAACCGAGCUGGCCGACAACCCGGACGACAAGGAGGGCAAAGGCGGAGGCGGGGGUGAGCAGGCCACGUCGCUGGCCAUCCUGCGCGUCAUCCGCCUGGUGCGCGUCUUCCGUAUCUUCAAGCUGUCCCGCCACUCCAAGGGUCUGCAGAUCCUGGGCCAGACCCUCAAGGCCAGCAUGCGUGAGCUGGGCCUGCUCAUCUUCUUCCUCUUCAUAGGGGUCAUCCUCUUCUCCAGCGCCGUCUACUUCGCCGAGGCCGAGGAGCCCGAGUCGCACUUCUCCAGCAUCCCGGACGCCUUCUGGUGGGCCGUGGUCUCCAUGACGACAGUGGGCUACGGCGACAUGUACCCGGUGACCAUCGGUGGCAAGAUCGUGGGCUCGCUGUGCGCCAUCGCCGGCGUGCUGACCAUCGCGCUGCCGGUGCCGGUCAUCGUGUCCAACUUCAACUACUUCUACCACCGCGAGACAGACGGCGAGGAGCAGGCCCAGCUGCUCCACGUCAGCCAGCACAACCUGCCGCCGGAUGACGCCUCCUCGCUGCUCAGCAACAGCAUCGACAACCUGCAUGAGGCCAACCUGCGCGGCGCCAACUGCACGCCGCCCAGCCGCAACUGCAUGGACGGCACCAAGCUGCUGACGGACGUGUGACGUGCUGUUGUCACGGCAACGGCAGCUAGCCUCGUUAGCAUGUUGAGAAAACGUUCUAUUUUUGGACUUCCUGGAAUAAAGGACAACCGUGCUGGAAUUCUGUCCCAGUUUGGCUUUGGGUCCUGGGAACUCCUUGUUGACCCCCCCCCAAUCAGCAUGCUGCCUCGUCUUCAUUGCUUCCUGCGUGCACGUGUGUCGGGUCGCCAUGAGGGUGGAGUUUAGUGCCUUCCACCCCCCAAGUGCCUUCACGAUGAUGAUGACCUCCACAUCCUCACAUGACCUUUUGCAUGACAGACAUUUGGCACGUUGACAAGGUGGCGUUGAUGUUGUGCUUGUGUCUGCUGUGUUCCCAUGGCGAUGUUGUAGUCUGACACCCCAGAAUAAGUCCUAACUUGACUGUAACGCCGCGUGUUUAAUGUUCACGGCUCAUAGCCACACUUUGAAUAAACUCCCUUCUUUUCUA